AGGUCAAGGAAGUGCAGAAAAUCUGUUCCCUAAAAAUAUUUUUUUGUUAUGUAUUUUUAACAAAUGCAAAUAAAUAGAGAUAUUAUUGUUGCUUCAUCAAGAUGAUAGUGAGAGAAAUUCGUUUUCAGUUAUGGUAGUUAUAAGAGUGGGUGUGAUAUGGACAGAAAAUAUUUUGUGGAGUGACAAGAAAUAGAAAAUUUAGCUGAAAAAAUAUCAUAUUUGAGUUAUUUCUGUCCAUGAUUUCCCAAUUAAGACCUGUGGUGUCAUUUAUAAGGAUACAGCUUUGCAGAUAAUUAAAUAUUUAUAAAUGCCGUACGUGACGCCGGAUUGCCGAUCCAACUAUAAACAAAAAAGCUGCGUUAUUUUUUUCAGUAGAUUUGAUAGAAGAACAUUACUGAUAAUUCAUUAAAACAAAAUAUGUCUGAAGUUGCAUUCUACUCUCAGUUAUGAAAAGAGACUAUUUAAAACAAUUUGAUUCAGCAUAGCAAUGUAUAAAUUAUGACUUCCUCAAAAGGGAUCAAUUUAUAGAUAGAAUUUCAUUUUGAAAAAUACUUUUAAAUCUUUUCCCAUAGACACAUAAAAAUGGAGUAGACACACUGCCAGAUGUAAUUUUACAAUGGAUUUCUGUAUACCAGAUUGAAAGGCUUCUAAAUUUAAAAAAUAAAAGAAGGCAUAUCAUCUUUAGUAGCUACUUACCAUAAACACUAUAUGUCUGCUAAUGCAAAUAAAAAAAAAAUGAAUUCUCAAUUUGAAUGUUAACAAAUUCUAAAUAAAAACAGUUGAAAUGGUCACUUAGUAAUUAACAAAUUUCUGUGCUCACAAACUGUGAGAUUGUAUUGGGCCUAUCGCCUACAAGCCGGGCUGAGACUCGGCAGUGAUGAAGAAGCAAAAUGUACGCACUUUAUCUUUAAUUGUGUGCACAUUUACAUACUUGCUAGUGGGUGCUGCGGUUUUUGAUGCAUUAGAAUCUACCACUGAAAGACACAGAUUUGAAGUUUUGCAAGCUAUUGAAGGCAUUAUAAUAAGAAAAUACAACAUCACGGAAGAGGACUUCCGUGUGAUGGAGACAGUGGUCCUCAAAUCGGAGCCUCAUAAGGCCGGCCAGCAAUGGAAAUUCACAGGAGCUUUUUACUAUGCUACUACGGUGCUGACAACUAUUGGUUAUGGUCACUCAACACCAGCUACUAUUGGCGGGAAGCUGUUCACGAUGUUCUACGCAAUAGUAGGAAUUCCCCUCGGACUUAUCAUGUUCCAGAGCAUUGGUGAACGAGUUAACAGACUGAGCAGUGUCAUCAUUAAAUCCAUUAAAAAAGCUAUGAAUUGCCAACAAACAAACGCCUCGGAAGUGGACCUCAUUUGCGUGGUGACAACAUUAUCCUCCCUCACUAUAGCCGGGGGUGCAGCUGCUUUCUCAAAGUUUGAAGGAUGGAAUUACUUUGACAGUGUAUAUUAUUGCUUCAUCACUUUGACUACUAUAGGCUUCGGUGACAUGGUGGCGUUACAGCGGGACAACGCGUUAAAUCGCAAACCAUCCUACGUGAUGUUCGCUCUGAUCUUCAUCCUGUUCGGCCUCGCUAUAGUUGCCGCGUGUCUCAAUCUACUAGUGUUAAGAUUCGUCACCAUGAACACAGAGGACGAGAAGAGAGAUCAGCAACAGGCUGAACAGGCUCAGCAAGUGGCGGUGAGACUAGAGGGUGAUGUGAUAACCGCGGACGGCGCGGUGUUGCGCGGCGUGUCGCGCGGCACGCGGCUGCCCGCCGAUCCGCGGCACAUGGGCACAAAUGCAUCUCUUGUGCCGCUGUAUGUUGAUGAAGAAUACGCUCCUAGUGUAUGCAGCUGUUCUUGUAACUGCUUCGCUCCGAACAGGUCGAUACCUUACCGUGAUCCAUUAUCGCCAGUUCCACCAACAAACAUAAAACAGAUAAAAUCCAAAAACUACCGCGAACUGGGCAGCUUACCGCGGUACAUAGAGAAAUCAUCCUCGAAGAAUUGCUCGCAAUCUCUCCGUUUAAACUCUGCUUCAGGCUACUUAUACAUGAACGCUAAAACGAACGACUUCCAACUAGACCCCGAGGAUUUCAGAGAGAUGGUCGCCAAAAGACGAGAACAGCUCAGAAGGGGAAUGACCAUGAACGAAAUGAAUUAUAACAACAACGAACAGUAUCUCGAUCUUUACAGACACAGCAUCAGCAACAGAGGAUGCAGUCCACCCUCUGUAUCAUUAUACUCUAUGAACUUGAGAACGGAGAACAGGAGUAACGACCCGUUAGUAGACGACUAUGACUCGGAAAAGUCUAGUUACGCUAAAAAGAAACUAAUGAAGAACAUAGCUAGGAACACUAAGAAGGUCGACAAUUACUUUUAUGACGACGCCGAGCUCCGUUUCGACGACGAAUACGCUUUCGACGGUUCGAUAAUAUUCGCGAAAAGAAGAAAAUCUUUAGAGAAAAAAUGGGAAGAGUACACGUGUGAAUUGCCGAAGAACCCAGAUCAAAUAUCCAACGACGGCAGCUACGGAUACUACCUGCCCGAUGAGGAAGACCAGGAGUAUUUCAUAAACGAUACUCUGACGUUCAAUCUGCCACCGCACAGAGCGAGUAUAUAG